AUGAGCGCAAAACUAUCAAUGGCCGAUGCUUGGGAAGAAGAUUGGGAGUCGCAAGCUGAUAAACUGGACGGCGUACCCACCCCGCCGCAGCCCGAAAAGAAAGUAUCGUCCAAGGUGACCAAGGCCCAACGCCGGGCCCAGCAGAUGGAAUUUAAUAAAAAGCUAUGGGAAGAAGCUGAAUCCCCGGAAACAUUCCACUUCUACGAAGCCUCUUCCGAUGUGCCGCUAAAGCAAGAGUUCAAACCGGCUGUCACCGUCCUUAGUCGCAACCCGCAUAUUGCGACGCGACAAUCCUCUUCGGCUGCGGGGGCUACCGCUGCAGGUAUUGGGCGCUUGGAUUUGAAUGCCGACGACUCGGACGAGGAAAAGCCGCCGGAGCCGACACCCGAGGAGCGCCAGGCGAUGGCCUUGAAGAACCGGGAGCAAAAACAACGCAAGUACGAAGAAGUGCGCGAAAGGCUCUUUGGUACGCCAUCCGCACCAACUUCCGGGGCAUCUUCACCUCGAAGCGCAACCCCUCCGAAAGCCGAAGGCCGAGGGAAGGGCAGAGCCAGAGGAAAUGGGAGAGACAAUAAUAAUCGAGGGAGAGACCAGUCUGCCGCUUCAGGGAAGCCAAAGCAACUCUACGAUCCGGAUUCUCCAACGUCUAGACCCAACUCGUCUUAUGGCCGAAAAGAUUGGCAACAGAGUGGUGAAAGGAGCCAAAUUGACCAGCCGCAGUCCCCUCGACAGCCAAUCCGCAACCCUCGAGGUCCGGACAGUAGUGGAAGGGGCGGAUUCAGAGCACACAGAGGAGCGAAAACAAGCUAG